ACACGUUGAAGAAAAAGCAAGCUACAACUGCAACCUUCCUUUUGGACCAUCUUUACCUCUCUGUCUCCAGCCAGAUAGCUUCUUUGGUUGGACUUUGACACCCCUUUCUGGCUCUUCCUCAUCCAUAGCCAAUUGCUUUUUACACGCUUAUGAUCAAACACAACUUGUUCUCCCUUUUCAUUUGUCUUUAUUUGCAUAUAUGUGAGUGAGUAUAGGUAUAUUUGCAUUAUGUCAUUUUCCUUGUGUUUGCAUAGGCUCUUCCGUCUUCAAACAUUUUAAAUUUUAAAUUAACCAUUUGGGUUGUGAAUACGGUUUUGUUUUUUGUUUUGGUUGUUCAUGAGUAUGAACACCCAUUGUUUAGGGGGGGUGUAAUGUAAUUAACAACUAUAGAGGAACAUAGUACUCUUCUUCUCACAUUUUGCAACCAACCCAUCUAACGUUUUUUUUUCGAUCCUUAAACAUGGUUUUUUGGCUAGCGUAGCAUCUACUUGUGUUCAUGUUAGAUGCUAAUCCUUCACGGUGGUGAAACAAGGAAGGGAGUGGAACUUGGAAAUGGAAGAAUUGGUUGGUUUUAUGUGACAUGGCUUUGCUUGCAGUUGCAGCAGAGUCAAAUGCUUUGAAAUGUGUUUCACUUUAACUGCUGCUUCUCCCCUCUCGGUUAAUUUGAAUAGCUCAUCUUGUUGCUGAUUGAGAGAAGUUGACACUUGUGGAAAAUCAGUAUGGCUGCUGAUUGUUCAAGAUUUGUAAGAUUUCAAGAUGAUGCUGAAUUAGCAAAAUUGCCAACAACAAAUGGCGGCAAUGGAAUCAAGCCUAAUGAAACACAAGUAGCUGAGACUAGCGGCAAAAAGGGUCUGAAGAAGGACACAAGGAAGUUCCUGAAGGCUAGAGUAUUGUCAAGAGUAUUCUCAGAGGAUUAUGAGAAAGUUAGAAAAAGAACAUUAUUAGAUCCCCGGGCACAAACCAUUCACCGUUGGAACAAGAUUCUCUUGGUAGCAUGUUUAGUUUCUUUGUUUGUGGAUCCUCUAUUCUUUUAUUUACCACUAGUUCGAGAUGAAGUAUGCAUCGAUAUUGGGACAACACUUGAAGUUUUCCUCACAAUGAUAAGAUCAAUGGCAGAUGUGUUUUACAUGAUUCAGAUUCUCUUGAAGUUUCGUACAGCUUAUGUUGCUCCUUCUUCUCGGGUAUUUGGGAGGGGAGAUCUUGUUAUAGACUCUUCUAAGAUAGCUACUAGGUACCUGAUCAAGGGUUUUUGGUUAGACUUUGUUGCUGCAUUGCCUCUUCCUCAGGCGUUAAUUUGGAUUGUCAUCCCCAAUCUUGGAGGUUCAACCAUGGCAAACACAAAGAAUGUGCUUCGCUUUAUCAUCAUUUUCCAAUAUUUGCCAAGGCUGUUUCUGAUUUUUCCACUUUCAUCCCAAAUUAUAAAAGCUACAGGGGUUGUGACAGAAACAGCUUGGGCAGGGGCUGCUUACAACUUGGUGCUUUACAUGUUAGCUAGCCAUUUUUUAGGAGCUAGCUGGUACCUUCUAUCAAUUGAAAGACAAGAAGCAUGCUGGAGGAGUGUCUGCGAUAUGGAGGAGCCAUCUUGUCAAUAUGGAUUCUUUGACUGCAAAAGGGUUGAAGAUUCGCUCAGGGUGUCCUGGUUUAUAGCAAGUAAUAUCACAAUUUUAUGCUCACCAAAGGCUAACUUCUAUCAGUUUGGUAUAUACGGUGAUGCAGUGACAUCCCAAGUUACAACCUCGUCAUUCUUUCAUAAGUACUUCUUUUGUCUUUGGUGGGGCCUAAGGAAUCUGAGUUCUUUGGGACAAGGUCUUCUUACUAGCACUUUUGUUGGAGAAAUAAUGUUCGCCAUUGUUGUUGCAACCCUUGGAUUGGUUCUUUUCGGAUUGCUGAUUGGUAAUAUGCAGACAUACCUGCAAUCAACAACUGUUCGCUUAGAAGAGUGGAGGGUUAGAAGAACUGAUACAGAACAAUGGAUGCAUCACAGGCAGCUUCCUCCAGAACUAAGACAAUCUGUUCGCAAAUAUAACCAAUAUAAGUGGCUGGCUACACGAGGGGUAGAUGAAGAAGCUCUUCUCAAAGGACUUCCAGCUGAUCUGAGGAGAGACAUCAAGCGCCACCUUUGUCUGGAACUAGUUCGACGAGUCCCAUUGUUUGAUCAAAUGGACGAGAGAAUGCUGGACGCAAUCUGCGAGAGACUAAAACCUGCACUGUGCACAGAAAACACAUACCUUGUUCGCGAGGGAGAUCCGGUGAACGAGACCCUCUUCAUAAUCAGAGGCCACCUUGAUUCCUACACCACCAACGGAGGCCGCACCGGUUUCUUCAACUCCUGCCACAUCGGCCCCGGCGAUUUCUGCGGCGAGGAGCUCCUAACAUGGGCCUUAGGGUCCCGUCCAAGCUUCAUUCUCCCUUCCUCUACUCGCACCGUUAAGGCCAUCUCAGAAGUCGAAGCCUUCGCUCUCAUGGCCGAAGACCUCAAGUUCGUUGCGUCGCAGUUCCGAAGACUGCACAGCAAACAACUCAGACACAAGUUCAGGUUUUACUCGCACCAGUGGAGAACGUGGGCUGCAUGUUUCGUACAAGCUGCAUGGAGGCGAUACAAGAAGCGAAAGGAAGCUGCGGAACUGAGAGCGAGGGAGAAUGUUCAUGAGGGUGAGACAGCAGCGUAUAGAUCAGGGUUGGUGGUUGUGUAUGCUACGAGGAUGGCCAGGAAGGGUGUGCAUCGUGUGCGUUCUGGAACAGAUUCUGGAGUUUCUUUGCAGAAGCCAGAAGAACCGGACUUUUCUGUUGAUGAGUGAUGAGUUUGGACUUCGAAUUGGCUUGUUAUACUACCCUAUGCAUAAUUCUUUUAUUGGUUAUUGAUCAUAUAAAUUAGGACAUUGAAAUUCUUGUAAUGCAUAUAUAUGGACGCAAAUAAUAGUAGUGCGGGGAAAGCUGAUUGGAAAUUAA